UCUCAGUCAGCAACAUUAACAGGGCCAUGAGGCAUCCUGCUUGUGUCCUCCACUCUUAGGUAAAGGGAGUAUUAGACUCCAGUAAUGCUGGUCAGUCUGGCUGCUCUGUGUGUUGUGUAGUUUUUGAGGGUGGAGCACAGGAAGAUGGGGAGCACCAGGAAGGUGGACAGCAUACCGAACAGGAGACAGAGUCUCUUCCCCAACUACAAAGUCACAGAUUCUGAUCUUAAUCGAAGACCUUCUGAGAUCGUUUACCCACUAGCAAAGGAAAGCUGCGUGAAAACGUGGAACUCUCUGCAGGAGCUCAGCAGGGACAUCUACGACAUUUAUGCAGAGUAUGAGGACGAAGAGGAUGACAGUACUCCAUACGGCUUCGCCAAGCACAUUUCCCCCUCCAAGAAGAACUAUGUGAUCAAUAUUAAUGUAGGAGGGAAGCCCUACAAGAUAGCCUACAAGAUGGCAGCGAAGUACCCCAAGACCAGGAUAGGGAGACUGGCCACGUACACAGACCACAACAUGAAGCUGGACCUGUGUGAUGACUACAUAGUGACCAGCAACGAGUACUUCUUUGACAGGGACCCAGAUGUCUUUCACAGCAUCUUCAACUUCUACAGGACGGGAGUGCUCUGGAUCAAGGACGAGCUGUGUCCCCGCAACUUUCUGGAGGAGAUCAACUACUGGGGCGUGAGGAUCAAGACCACCCACCGCUGCUGCCGCAUCGCCUUCGAGGAGAGGCAGGACGAGCUCAACGACCAGCUGAAAAUCCAGAGGGAGCUGGAGGCAGAGAUAGAGAUAGAGGAGAACGAGGAGCUGUUCCACGACAUGUUCAUGGGCCAGAUGCGGCGAGCCAUCUGGAAUUUGAUGGAGAAGCCUUUUUCAUCUGUGCAGGCCAAGCUGAUGGCUGUGGCCUCCAGUUUGUUUGUCCUGAUCUCCCUGGUGGCCAUGACCCUCAACACGGUACAGGAGAUGCAGUACAGAACUGCUUCAGGUCACCUCAGCGGCAAGACAUACUGGGAGUGCGUGGAGUCCAUGUGCAUCACCUUCUUCACCAUGGAAUACCUGCUGCGUCUCAUAUCCACACCCGACCUCAGUUCCUUCAGCAGGAGCGUGCUCAACACCGUGGACCUAAUCGCAAUCCUGCCUCAGUAUCUGCAGUGCAUUCUGGAGAUCUUUGACAGCCAGGAUAAUUACGUGAAGCAUGAGGCUGACAUGCAGGCGGUGGGGCAGGUGGGAAAGCUGGGGCAAGUGUUGAGGAUCAUGAGACUGAUGCGGAUCUUUCGGAUCUUGAAGCUGGCGCGUCACUCCACGGGUCUGCGGGCGUUUGGCUUCACCCUGCGACAGUGCUACCAGCAAGUGGGCUGCCUCUUCCUCUUCAUCGCCAUGGGCAUUUUCAGCUUUUCUGCUAUGGUUUAUACCGUGGAGCACGACAUGCCACACACAAACUUCACCAGCAUUCCUCAUGCAUGGUGGUGGGCAGCUGUCAGCAUCUCCACUGUGGGCUACGGAGACGUCUAUCCAGAGACCAUGCUAGGCCGUAUUUUUGCCUUCAUCUGCAUUGCUUUUGGAAUCAUCCUCAAUGGCCUGCCCAUAUCUAUCCUCUUCAACAAGUUCUCAGACUACUACUCCAAACUCAAGUCCAACCAGUACACCGCCUCCCUGAAGAACCGAGGGAAGGUGAAAUUUGGCAAGAGGACGGUGAAAACCCUGGAACACUGCUUUGGAAACCACCAAUGUCAUGCACACUGAUUGUUUCUUCUUUAUAGAACAAACUAAUAUGCUUCACUGUGAAACUAGAACAGGGACAAAAGAAAAGAAAAGAAAGAAACCACUCAGCUUACUGGAGUGGGGCGCUCCAGCUAGUUGGCAGCUUUUGUGAGGGAAGCAUAUGGCUGUCUACACCCUCCAGACUAGUUAGCUAUUAAACUGAGUUCAGAGUGAAAAUCUGGCACACAGUGUGCCGAGAAGAAGGGGAAAACUGGUCCCUUUAAAUUUUCUUACAGGAAAUUAUAUUUUUAUUAAGGGAUAUUCAAGCAUUAAAAGCACAAUUUAGAAAUAUUUGUUUCAAGAAUACCACAAAUGUAAACAUUCUUCAAAUCUAUACAAUAUUUUGUCAACUAUGCACUAUAUCAAAAUAGAGACGAAGAGAAAGGUUUGUGGCCAACAUUUAUUAAAUUGUGCACAUCUACAGUAUUUACCCUUGGUGCAAAAAUGGGAAUAAUUCUCUCCGUAAAAGCAUCUAAUGUGUAAAAAUAUGUUUACAUAUGAUUGUUUUAUCCAUGCUGUGAAGAGGUUGUUGUUUUUUUUUUACUUAAAGUCAAGUUAAAAUGCAUAAUUUUUAAGUGAAAUGUUUUAAAAGCAGUACUCUUAAUUUCCCAGAGUGAAAAUCUGUAAUCUCAUCAACAUCUAAAUGUUUGGAUAAAGAGGUCAGAGUUCACCUGGAUACCUAUAGAAUGAAUGAAAAUCCUUUUAUCCUUUUCUCUCGGGCAUAGGCAGGGCAUAGGUCCUUAAACACAUCUACAGUGUAGCUCAGUGAAAUUUAGGAAGAGACGCUUUUAAGAGGCAGCUGAACAAAGUUUCCUUUCCUUUGCAUCUGAAGUGCUUUAAAUCAGUGUUCACACAGGUGAUCUGUUUACUUGGUGAACUUUGUAGUGCAGCGCUGCUUUUCAUGUGUUUGCAGUAUUCGGUCAUUUUGCAAAUCUGCAUGCAAAGCAAGUAAAUCAUUCCGCCAAUGUACGCGGUAUGAUUUAUUGGCUUUGAGACAUAUGCUGUCUCAAACACUGUUUUCAAUAAAUGCUGUUUUCCUCACA